CUUUGGAAUGCUGCCACCCUCUCUCCUCUCUGAACACUGAAAGUGCCCCACGUUGAACAACGGUGGACACGCAUCGGGAUAAAACAAAAGGGAAAAAAAACCUACUGGGAAAAGACAAAAAACGAAACAAAAUGAUGAUCAUCGCAUUCUUCGAACAGCGUUACACUGGAGAGACGGAUUACACGCGGAACGGACUACCCUUUUAAAACUUGCACAAGGAAUGCACAAACACCAGCGCUGUGAGGAUACCCGCAUGAGGGAUGUUGUUUACCCCAAACGCUCAUCUCGUGUCACGCUUUGAGUUUCAAAAGUGCAGGCAUUGCGCUGUCUGUUCGAUUCUAACAAAAUAAAUCACAUUAUGAGUCCGCUGCAUGACAUAUGGAGUUUGACGCGACCAAAUGAGCGGUUCGAUUUGAGUCUCUUUAAUACACAGCAUUCCCUGCUCAGACACGUGGACUCGAUGGCCGAGACGUACAAAACAAACAACGCUUAAAAAGACAAACAUGAAAAUGCCUGCAGAAUGAAUGGAACCCAACUCAUUCUUACCGCGCCCGCGCCGAACUCCACGGAGAAUGCCAAUGGCACCAGCGCGCCGAGGCAGCCUCCUCACUGCCAGACCGCGGCCGCAUUCAUCGUGCUGGUGGUCAGCGUGAUAAUCAUAGUGACCAUAGUGGGGAACGUCCUGGUCGUGGUGGCCGUGUUCACCAGUCGGGCGCUCCGUGCGCCCCAGAACCUCUUUUUGGUUUCCCUGGCGUCCGCAGACAUCCUCGUGGCCACUCUAGUCAUUCCUUUCUCUCUCGCCAACGAAGUCAUGGGAUACUGGUACUUUGGAAGCACCUGGUGUGCCUUCUACCUGGCUCUGGACGUUCUCUUCUGCACGUCCUCCAUCGUCCACCUCUGUGCUAUAAGCCUGGACAGGUACUGGUCUGUGACCAAAGCCGUGAGCUACAACCUGAAAAGAACGCCUAGACGGAUCAAGUCCAUGAUCGCGGUGGUGUGGCUCAUAUCGGCGGUUAUCUCUUUCCCGCCUCUGGUAAUGACUAAACACGACGAGCAGGAAUGCCUGCUCAAUAACGAGACCUGGUACAUACUAUCCUCCUGCGUGGUCUCGUUCUUUGCCCCGGGUGUAAUAAUGAUUCUGGUGUACUGCAAAAUAUACAGGGUGGCCAAGCAGCGCGCGGCGACUGUGUUCGUGGCCAAGAACGGGCUGGAGAGACAGCCGUCGCAAUCGGAGACGUGCUUCGUGCGCAAGGAUAAGUCGGAGAUGGAGAGUCCGAGCAGCCACAGCUCCGGCAGCAACCAGCGGAAAGAGGAGCUGGACGACAUCGACCUAGAGGAGAGCUGCACCUCCGACAACAAAACGAGGAACUCGCGCUUCUCCAAGAGGAGGAAAACGGAGAGCUCUACCUGUUGUGCGAAGCAAAGCUGCCGCCUUUCGUGGGCUUCCAGCCGAGCCUCGCAACUCUUUCAGGAACAAAAUACGAGACAGCAAUCUAUUUCAAAGACUAAAGUUGCACAGAUGCGAGAGAAGCGCUUCACUUUCGUCCUGGCGGUGGUGAUGGGGGUGUUCGUUCUUUGCUGGUUUCCCUUCUUUUUCACCUACAGCCUCCACGCCAUAUGCAGGGAAAGUUGUACAAUUCCAGACACCCUGUUCAACAUUUUCUUCUGGAUUGGUUACUGUAAUAGCUCAGUAAACCCUAUAAUUUAUACAAUUUUUAACAGGGAUUUUCGAAAAGCAUUCAAGAAAAUCCUGUGUAAAACUGCGAAACGCACAUGA